UAAAUAGUGAGAGCUUAUAGCGUUCUCUUAACGCAAAUCUUCCUUCUUCUUUGAAUUGUUUUCUUCAUAUUUUUCAAUUCUCUUUUGCAGCCACAGCCAUGCUUCUCUACCAAGACCUUCUAACAGGUGAUGAACUUCUUUCGGACUCUUUCCCAUACAAUGAAAUCGAGAAUGGGAUGUUGUGGGAAGUGGAAGGAAAGUGGGUUGUACAAGGGGCGAUCGACGUAGACAUCGGGGCAAACCCGUCUGCGGAAGGUGCCGAUGAGGAUGAAGGUGUAGAUGAUCAAGCUGUCAAGGUUGUUGAUAUUGUCGACACAUUUAGACUUCAGGAACAACCUUCGUUCGACAAGAAGCAAUUCAUCACAUACAUGAAAAGGUACAUCAAAUUGCUAACUCCUAAACUAGACGAAGAAAAGCAAGAGUUGUUCAGGAAACAUAUUCCAGAGGCAACCAAGUUUCUCAUUUCGAAGAUUGAUGACCUCCAAUUCUUUGUGGGUGAAGGGAUGCAUGAUGAUGGGACAAUGGUUUUUGCAUACUAUAAAGAAGGGGCAACUGAUCCUACCUUUAUCUAUAUUGCCUAUGGGUUGAAGGAAGUCAAGUGUUGAAGGAAUCCCCAUCAAUUUUCAAUAUAUCAUCCUUUGCUUUUUACUUUUUUACCCUUUUUUUUCUUUUUACUUUUUUAGUUGGUUGUCGAAGUUUUUUUUCUCUUUGAGAAGACUUGAGAAUUUAUAUCAAGCUUAUGCCCUAAUGGGUUAAUCUAAUUUAAUAUAUGAUCUUUAGACAAUGAGGUUCUAUGUGCCUUAUUUUUACUUUUUACCUUUUCAUGUCUUUGACUGUAUUAUUUGAAUGAGGAAGAAUAUGCCAAUAAAAAAGAGAUUAAAAAUUUGUCAA